AACGUUCCGUACGUCAGUAAAGCGGAAGUAGCGGUAUAGGCUGUAAGCCGUGUGUUUGUCCUUCUUGAAUACUACUCGUUUUGAGAAGGUGUCAUCAUGUCGAAGCAACCAUUGGGGAAGACGCUGUUGAGGAAUGUAAUCCGCCACACAGAUGCCCACAACAAGAUCCAGGAGGAGAUGGAGAUGUGGAAAAUGCGAGGCAUGGAGGUCCAAAUGUCCCAACACAAGCCCUUCUCAAAUAAAGAGAGUGUCAGGAGGCAGAUGCACUGUGAUCGAGUGUCGGAUCAACCCAGGGAACUGAGUAAAAGCAGAGUCUCAGAACAUGAUGACAGAGAGGCUCAAUGUUGGACUCGCAAACUGUAUGAAUUUGAGUCCAAUGAUCCUGACAGGUGGGGACAUAGUGGCUUCAAGGAGCUUUAUCCGGAGGAGUUUGGAAGUGACAGUGAAAAAAGCAGUGAUGCAAAGAAUAUCGGGCGCCACAAAGUGAAAAAGCCCAAGUCCAAAAAAUCCUCCAAAAAGAAGAAAAAGAAAAAGAAGAAGAAAGAUGACGGGGAAAAGCGUAAGAGAGCAGAGUCCACAAGCAGCAGCAAUGACAGCAGUGAUACUAAAGACAAGCAGAGGAGGAAGAGGACUAAAGGUCGACAUAAAAACAAGAAAACUGCCAAAACCAGAGGGAGAGAGGAGGACAGCAGCUCAGGGGACAGUAAUGAUGAGUAUGAAAGGGACAGACGGACUCACAGUCGAAAAAGGCGAAAGCAGGACUCCCACAAAGACUCAGACUCAGGGCCAAACUUAAAAAAUAAGAGGAGGAAAAACUGGAAAGCAGCAGGUGAGGAGAGCUCACACGAUAGUUCAGGAGACUGAGAUGAACAGACACAAUCAGCCCCACAGCUCAGGAAACGACCAAGAAUACCACAGCUGAUUCCUGUGUUGGCCUUAACUUCACAGAGGGCUUUUCUCUGCUGCCCUGUUCUGUAGUGUACUUUGUUCGACACCAACAAACCUGCGCCGUCGAUCCUCUCUGUGGGCGUUCUGUGCAGCAAUACCUCACCCACCUCUGCAGACGUUUGAAGCAUGCUGCUCAGCAGUACAGACAGCUUGAAGAGGGAUGUUGGGGUAUCCAUCGGCUGCUUCAUGAAGGAUUGUGUAGACUGCAGACUCAUUGAUUUGAAUCAUUGACUCAGACCGUCUCCCUCACAAGAAGAACUGUCCUGAAUUGACCACAGUUAAAGCACAUUUUAUUUAAGAGGUUGAUGUUAUGCAACCUCCAUCGCCAGUGAUGAUUGAAUUUGCAUUUGAUUUUAUUCAUGUUUUUUAGUUUUUUGUACAUUUUAAUAUUUGUAUGCAGCACGUUGUCAUAGGUGGGAAAUAAACUUCUACUUUGCUGUUUUUAGACACAUUUUUGUUAUUUAAAAAAUAUGGUGGAAUAUGUUUUUUUUUCUUUAUUUUCAACAAUAAGUCUGGUGAUAUUCUGAAUGUUUGUUAUUGUCAAAAAAUCAUAUUGAAAGACCAACAGUGAACCUGUCUGACUAACAAGUAUUUAUCUUUGCACGUAGAGUCUGGUAAAGCUCAGGGAAAGGACGAAGAUGAUUGUGUGGGGAAGAGGAGAUCAUUACAUUAUCAUCUUUUAUUAUCGUCUUGCUGAAACCAAAUAUCUGCAAAACUAAUGACAUUUGCACCAGCCUCAACUGUACUUUGUUUUUACUGCUGAUUAGAAAAUGUUAGCAUCCUAAAAUCCUGUGCACAUAAUCAACAUUAUAGCAUUUUCUCGAGG